AAUUGACGUCUCAAUGUCAUCUGUGUCAGAUUAUGAAUAUUGUUGACGUUUUUUCCUAUGGGAAAUUACAGUUAAAAAUACCUGUGGAUAGUGGGAAUUCGAUAUUAAAUUCACUAAGCAUACAUAACAGACCCUUCCUGUUUGCAGUUUGAAUAAUAUUAUGAAUUGGUAUCGACCCUUAAACAAUAAAAACAACGCAUGAACAAAUAUGAGCAAUGUUACAAUUCUGGAAGAAGUCUGGACAGAAAAAUCGGGUUGGAUCGUACGCAGUAGACACAAACUGCAAUGAAAGCCUUCAAUAUUACGAAACAGUUCCAAAGUCGCGGGAAAACUAUGAAUAUGUUCAAAUAUCGGAGGAAAUUUUAGAUUCAGGUAGCGAUGUUCAUUUGAAAAAAUCAUCUAUAGCGAGAACACUUCCAGAAGUGUUACAGGAUAAAAGUGCCCUCAACCACUUUAUACAGUUCAUGGAAUCAAGAGAAUCAGAGUCCUAUAUACUUUGCUGGCUAGAUAUAGAGACCUUCAAGGCUGAUAUACCCAAAAUAUCUUCACCUACUUUAUCCAGCUUAACAGAACACGACAGUCUGUCUGUGAGCACAGAUUCUGACUCAAUUAUUUCGAGUGUUUCUAGCGAGUUUUCAGAAGGUAGAGGUUCAAAUAUAGGCAAAAAUCCAAACCACAAUUGUGAUAAAGAAAGCAGUGAUAUUAGCAUUAGUCCGAAAUCUUAUAAGAAUUCGAAAGAAAAUAAUGAUCUUAUAGAUACGGAAUUGUUGACAAAAAAUGCUCUCAUAAUUUUCAAGAAAUACAUAGCACAAGAAGCUGAUUCCAAUAUAAAAUGUAGAGAUGAUGUUAGAAAAGAUUUGAUAGAAAGUAUUUGUGAUAAAAUGAAAUUAAUCUCAGAUAAUUGUUUUUCAAAAGUACAAAGUCAUGUAUAUAAUAUGAUGGAGAAAGAGUACUUUGAUUCUUUUCUAUUGAGCGAUUUUUAUUGUAAAUAUCAGAUAGAUGUACUGACAAGUGGAAAUACAGUCCUCGACGAUAUUUUAAAUAACGAAACUGCCUUAUUUUAUUUCAUGGAAUAUUUGGAACAGGAAGAUCAAAGGCACCUCUUGGAAUUCUGGAUAGCUGCUAUAAAUUUCCAGCAGCAGCUGAAGUAUCAGGGCGAGUUCUUUGACCCUUUGGAGGCACAAAAUGAUGCUGUGGUUUUGUACGAUAAAUAUUUCUCUUUACAAGCACUUUGUCCGUUAAAGCUAGGAGAUAAGGUGAGGCUUUCUUUGGAACAGAAAAUAUGCGGGGAGAAUGGAGUGAACUUGGAUAGUUUCAAUCUGCCAAUCACCAUCGUAGAAAGAAUUCUGGAAAAAUACUUCAUCCAACCCUUUUUGGAAUCUCAGCUGUUCUAUAAAUUUCUCUCGGAACUGAUAAAUACGGUGCAAUCCAACGGUUAUGCGACGACAAUACAAAAACAUAAAAGAUCUCCUUCCGAUGGUGACAGUGAACAUAGUUUCGCUUCUAGCACGUUUCUAGCCAUGGAAAUGAACCAUAACGUGACUAAAAAAAAAACCAAAGCCUCACCGAACAUGACGAUUGACACAAGGGAAUUGUACGAUCCUGACUCAUUGUGGAAGCAAAGGAGAAAAAGUAAAUUGUUGUGCGGUCACGUUAGCGAUUUGGGAAGGUUCGAAACUGAAUUUGAACCGGAACCGGAUAGAGGCCAGUUCAAUUUGAAGGAUGUAGUUAGAAAGUUUGUUAGUGUAGAAGAAGAACAGAAGAGGAAGGAAGAAAUGGCGUGGCAGGUUGCGGAAAUGAUCGUGAGGGAUAUAACGAAUGUUACUUUGAACAAUAAUUGAUUAUCUGUUCGAUAUCGGGCUAGAUUUAACACAGUCAUUUUCUUACGUCUUUUUGAAAAAACCACCAACUAAACUCUUCGUAUACCGUUUAGAAUGUGUGCAUACAAAUUGAUUGAUCUAUGUUUAACGCUAACUAUGUUAAUCAAAUGGAAUUAUUAGUCGUCUUUGUAUUUAGUUAAUGGUAAUGGUUUUGUCAUGCAAAGCUCAUAUUUCUUCAAUCCAGGUGUAAUUAUUUGUUGUGUUAUGUAUAUAAGUGUAACAUAUCAGGAAAAAAAAAUGAUAGAAGUUGUAAAGUGAAAUUUAUAUUUUUUGUAUAUAAAGUAAUAGCAGAAUUAUUUCUUCAUUACUACAUGUUCCAUAAUCUGGUGCUUUGAAUUAAACAGUAUUAAUUAUGAUAUAUCCCCUUAACAGCAGAAAAUAUUGACAAAAGUUUUAUUUCAGUGUUAGUUUAAUUUUGUAGAUGAUAUAUUUUUACUUUCUAAAAAUAAAAAUUCGAGACAUUA